AUGGAUCAAGAAGAUUUAAACAUGGAAAUCCCUCUUUUGAUUCAAGAACAUUGUGAAAGUGGAAUUUAUAUUGAUAAAUUCAACACGUGUGAUAAUAUUGUCGAAGAUGAAACAAAUUUAUUUAAAAAUGGUGACGAUUUGUUAAAUAACGAAGCCAUAGUCAUAAGUACUGAUUCGAUUAAGGAAUUGAUAAGUGGAAAUUCUGCGAUGGAUAAUCAUACAUAUGUACUAGAGGAUAAUCAAUGUGAUGCACUCAUCGAAAAGCCAUUGUUAGGCGAUUCGUGUAUUGCAAAAGAUGAUAAUAUAUCUGAAUUUUUACUCGAUAACAACAACGGUAGAGAUUCUGAAAUAUAUUUAAAUGGUCAAAUGAUUGAACUUGCCGAUGGAACGACAGCUUUCCUUGAAACAUCGAGGAGUGUGAAGGGCGAUGAUUAUUCUCAAAACAAAUUGUACAAUGGUAAUGUUAUAUAUGUUGUGUCUGGGCCCAUGUUGAACAAUGAUGGCGAAAAUGUAAAAAGUUUCAAAAGGGAUGAUAAAGCGGAAGAAAUUUCACCAGUGAUACCACCAGAACAAAAACAAGAGAAAAGCAAAGGAUUUCAAUGCAGUUAUGAAAAUUGCAAUAAAAGUUAUUCGAGUUUUCAUCAUUUAAAGGUUCAUUUAAGAGUUCACACGGGAGACAGACCGUUUAGAUGUUCUGUUGAAGGAUGCAACAAAGCAUUUUCAACGGGUUUCGGUUUGAAAACUCAUUUUCGGACUCACAAUGGGGAAAGACCCUAUAUGUGCAGUCAUGAAAAUUGUGAAAAAGGUUUCAAAACAUCCGGAGAUCUUCAAAAGCACAUUCGUACUCACACGGGUGAAAGACCUUUCGUCUGCCCAAUUCCCAAUUGCGGAAGAUCAUUUACCACUUGUAACAUUUGCAAGGUUCACAUAAGGACGCACACGGGUGAGAGACCCUAUAAAUGUACUUAUCCGAACUGCGAUAAAACGUUUGCUUCGGUAACGAAUCAAAGGAAUCACAUGAGAAUACAUUCUGGUGAAAAACCUUACGUUUGCUCAGUCGAAAAAUGCGGUCGUCGAUUCACCGAAUAUUCUUCUCUCUACAAGCACAACAUGGUACACAGGCAACAACCUCAUUUAUGUUUGAUAUGUGGUAAAACGUAUCGUCAAGCUUCGGGAUUGAUGAUGCACACGAAAACGGCACACGGAGAACUUCAAGAAACCUAUUUAAUGAUAGAUAAAAAUUCAACGGAAGAAGAUGAAGAAGAAGAAGAAAACGUUAGAGAAAACGAACAAACGGCCAUUUUUUUCGUCAACAAUUUAAAAAUGGUGUGA